AUGUAUUAUAUUGAUUUUUUUGUUAGUAGAAGUGACUUUUACAAAAAACCAUUUCCUAAUAUUGGGUUAAAAUCAAUAGAAGAGUUCUUCUCAGAAAGAAAUGAAAUGUAAAAUAAUAAUAAAAUUAGAUUACCUUAAGAAGACAAUAUAAACUAAUAAAACAUGACUCAUGAAUAGACUAUUUUAAAUAAAAAAAAAAUUGAAGAUUAGUAAUAAAUCGAAAUGGUAAAUUAAGAUUUAUUAGAAGAGUUAAAUGAUUCAUUUCCAGAUUCUAAUAUAGAUUCUUAAAACCUAAAUAAAAAAUCAAUAUUUCUUAAAGGUGCUAAAAUAGUGAAAUAAUUGGUUGGUAAGAUAUUACAUUUCAGAAAUACUAACAGAAUAUAUAGUAAAAAAAGGAAAGAUAUUAAAUGCACAUGUAAAAAAAAUUAAUGUUGCAAUCUUUAUUGUGGAUGUUAUUAGAUAUAAAAACAUUGCACUAAAUCAUGUAAAUGCAACAAAAUUGAAUGUCAUAAUAUGCCUAAUACAAGUUCCUAAUUUUAAUAAUUACGAUGA